AUGUCGCCAGUCACACAAGGCCCUCCGUCCGUCCAAUGCUAUGAAGACUCCGCCGUCGGCGACCUCAUCGAAGUCAGCGCUCUUGAAAACCUUCCUCUACACCCACCCCCCACAGCGCCUGUUUCUACCCAACGCAAGACGGCUCAGAGACGAGGCAGAAAUGGGUCCCAUGCCUGUAUCGAAUGCCAAGCGCGAAAGGUCAGAUGCUCUGAAGAGCCACAAUGCAGUCACUGUCAAGCUCUCAAUCUGGUGUGCGAAUACAAACCACCCCGCAAGAAGCGUGCAACGAACGUUGCCAGGAAGGCGAGCUUGGAUCUGGGAGAUACCGACGGCAUCUCAAGAGACGACACACCGCAGCGUGGCAUUCUGAUGCAAAUGAUGGAGCGUAUAGCAGAGUUGGAGCGGAAUUACGCGAGUCUUCUGAUGGAUGUCAAGGCGGAAUCAGACCAAGCCAGCCCGUAUAGCCGUUCAGGGUCACACCCAGGCCCACAAAGCGAGUGUGCGAUGGCCAACAUCCCCGAAAAGGAGCUGUUUCGAGGGCGCACGUCUCUCAUCGAGCAGUUCGGGGUGUUGGAUCGUUCCAUCGCCAGUGAGACAGCCAAUCAACCAGACUCUGGCCUAGACCUGGAGGGUCAAGGCGCCAAUACAGCCCCUGUCACUUGGUCUGAGCUGCCUCGGAGCAGCGAGAAGGACGUCGAGACUUUGGAGGAAGAAACCAGACACUUUGACUUGGCUUCGCUCCGGAAGACGGUCGACACCUUCUUUGCCCACCUGAAUCCUCACUACCCGUGCAUCAGCGAGAAUGCUUUCCGGCCGCUGUUUGAGAAGUUCCUCAACAACGAGGAGCUGCAGGAGUUGGGCUACGCAGACCGGCAGCAGUUUGUCGCCCUCGUCAACCUGAUCCAAGCCGAAAUUCGCAUCUUGAGUGACGAAUGGCCGACCUCGACGCGGGCUCCCGCAUGGGAAGAAUUCUGCCGCGCCGAGAGCAUCCUCAGCCGUCUCGCCUGGCUUGGGAACGGCAAUAUUAUGACCAUCCAAUGCCUGCUGGUCAAGGCCCGCUAUCUACUGUAUGCCGAAAAGCCGAGUGGUGCAUACGACACCAUGGGCAGGGCGGUGCGCCUAAGCUGGCAGCUGGGUCUGCAUGACCAGCAGUCCUGGAGCGGGCUCAGCCCGUUUGAAGUCGUCAUGCGCCAGAGGAUCUUCUGGACCGUCUUCUAUCUGGAGCGUAACAUUGCUCUGCACGCUGGCGCUCCAUAUCUGAUCCGGCAGUCCGACUUCAAGGUUGACCUCCCCCCCAACUUGGACGACCGACUGUUGUUUCCUGACCGGCCCCUGCCAACCCCAGAAGGCUGCCCGACCGAUUCGUAUCUCGCCGCCGCGAGUCGAUGGGGGUACCUGACCGCGGAGAUCUGGGACACCAUCUACGCAGUCAACGCCCAGAGGCCCACCAGCGCCGAGUUCAUCGCCACCAUGGAUGCCCGCAUUCAGUUCACCGGGAGUCGAAUACCGCCGAAGCUUCAAUGGGCUAGAAACCUGGAUCAUCUGGACGGCAACGCGCCCGUGCCACGCUACGUUCUUCGACAGGCCGCAAUCUUGUACCAGCGCAUGAAUCAGCUACGAUUGCUUCUUCGACAGGAACGCAUGCUGAGCCUGGGAUUUGACGAUGAAAUGGCCAAAGACUGCACUACGAUUUCGGGUGCGUUGAUCAAUGCCAUCCAUGCCAGCCACUACUCGCCAACCCAUACCUUGACGGACCGCUACUCGGCAUGCCUAUACUUGAGUUCGGCACUGUUGCCUCUGGUGUGCAUCAUUGUUAAGAGCGAGUGCGAUCCCGCCAUCCGGGAAGAUGCCAUCCAAGCAUACAAUAAGGGUUUAUCUACGCUGCAGGCUCUGGUCCCGAGCUUCAGUGCCGCACGCCACACACUGCAGCGCCUGUUGCGAAUCACCCAGACGACCGAGAGAGCAAUCCAAAGAUUCCGCCGUGCCGAGCAAUUCCUACUCGACCCGAGCGAGUUUGAGACGGAGACUCUUAUGCUACAAAUGAAUGAUUUCCUCGGUCACGACCAUCAGGGCAACUGGGAAAUGGACUUCUUCAAUGACGACCAAGCUGGCCCCUACAGUCUUGGCGCAAUGGACGGAAUGCAUGCUGACCUUUUAGGUUGA